AUGACCCUCCAUGUGCAAAAUCACCUGGUAGAGAACUACUACAUUGGCAACAAAAAGGCCCUCUUCUACAACCUCAAGCGCUACUACGACCACAUCAAUAAGGCCGUUUUCGAAGCUGUCCCUCUUACCUUCCACCUCACUAGGGGCACUGAAGACCCCAACUACUCCGAGUUUCUUUCUGCCUACCAAAAGCUUCAGGAGCAGAAGAAAAUGGAUAAGGAGCUGCGCAACAUUUGGAUCAUGAAGCCUGGAGAAAGCACCAACAGGGGAAACGGCAUUAGCGUAUGCUUUACACUCGAUGAUGUCCUCCUCCGCCUCAAGAGUAAGGAAAGGAAUAAAGAUGGGACUCUACGCACAUUUAUUCUGCAAAAGUACAUUGAAAAGCCACUUCUCUUCAAUGGAAGGAAGUUCGAUUUACGCCAUUACAUGCUUGUGACUUGCUUUGCAGGCAGUAUGCGUGGCUACUGGUACUCUGAAGGAUAUGUUCGCACUUCUUCAUCUCUUUAUUCAUUGAGAAAUGCGAAGGAUCUGUUUGUGCAUCUCACCAACGAUGCCAUUCAGAAAAACGGAGACAAUUACGGGAGGCGUUUCUUGGCUGUUAUUGGGCUACUUUGGGCGAAAGGGAUUAAGGGUGUCUCUCGCUUCGGUGAGGAUGGGUUUGGCCUUCUUGAGGCGUUUGUUGGCGAGGAUAUUAAAGGGCUGUUUGGUGAGUUGCUGGCUGAGCUGCGAACGAUGAAGUAUUCCCCAAUGAACGCAUUAUUUGAUUAUAUUGGGAAGUUACGAUUGCAAAACAAAAUCCCAUCUAUAGUGAUAUCAAAUGUGAAGACCAUUCAAGAUGGACGCGAAGAUGUGGAUUUGAUUUAUUUUAGGAUAGUGGAAAGACUAUCAGGAUUGGCUGGAGGAAAGCUCUUCGACUGA